AUGGGGCCUCUAGCGCGGAAGGAAGCUGGAAACCAGUUCUGCAAGGAGGGGAAGUGGCACGAAGCUGCGGUGGAGUACACCAAAGGCCUUGAUGAGUGCGACGAGAACUUCCCACCAGAUCAGAGAGGGCUUCUUCUGGCGAACCGGAGUCAGUGCUGGCUCAAGUUGAGUGACUUCCAGAAGGGGCUGGAUGAUGCCAACGCGUGCCUAGAGCUGUUGCCGGAGCAUGUGAAGUCCCUCUUCCGCCGUGCCACGGCGCUGGAAAUGCUCGGGCGUGAGACAGAGGCCCUGUCGGACUUUGCACGCGUGGCGCGUGUCGAUCCCGGGAACCGCCCUGCUGUGGAGGCGGCGCAGCGUUUGCGGGCAGCCAUGGCACGGCGUAGCGACAAGCUUGUGGAGCAAAGCCUGCCAGCACGUCUGGCCGCCACACUUCGUGCGCCCACAGCUCAGGAGGAGGUGCAGCGGGAUGCUUGUGACAAAGUUCGAGCAGCUGCGCUGCGGGGCGAGGCAUCCUCGCUGCUCAGCCACGGUGUGCUGGAGGCGUUGCUGGCAUUGGGAGAUGCUGAAAAGACAUCGCCGGAGCUCCGCCAGGCAUGCCUCCGAAGUCUUUGUCUCAUCGCCUCGGGCAGGGAGCGAGACGAUCUGGAGGCGGCAGAUGCGCGGCUGCAGACGCAAGGAAAGGUGGAGACUCCAACUGCCUCCGCGGUGGACGCCAGGUCCCGGCUUCGUGCCGCGCUGCGCGACGGUGGCCACGGCGCUCUCCGUCGCCUGGGGAGGCGAUGCAAGGGCCACGGAGGAUCUGUCAGUCAGCUUGCCUUGCUGCUGAGUUAUUGCCAGGAACCCGAGGACGAGGCGGCCCUGGAGCUCCUGGCUGAGGCACUGGACGACGAGGCCGAUGCCUCGAGAGCGGUGCUGGCGUCCCUGAACGCCAUCUUCGAUGUUCGCCGUCAACAGGGCUCUUCAGGCAAAGCCGUGGUGUUCAGCUCGGGCCUGCGCCGUUGUCUGGAGGUAGCGCUCCAUGUGACCGACCAACAGGAGCUUCUACACGGCUUUUUGGCCGAGGUGUUUUCGCUGCUGGCAGACAACAAUGACCGACCGCGAGAGCUUCAGGUGGACGUGCCGGGAAUCGGCUUACGACUGCUGGAGCCCUUUCUCCAGAACCAGGAUGCUUUGCUUCUGCGCAAUGGCCUCGCCGGGCUUGCCUGCCUCCUGGCCUCCAGAGCCAAGGACGCAGCUCUGAUCCUGCAGAUGUCGGCUGUGCCCCUGUCUGCAGUGCUCAAUGCCUUGGCCCGGCCGGUGCCAGGCCCUGAAGGGCGUGAUGCCCAGGGUCAUGCUGCAGAGUGCUUGCUUCUGGCAGCAAGUGAUGCUCGGACAAGACAGCGAUGGAUCGAAGGCGGAGGCAUCGAGGUGAUCCUCGGAGCGCUGAGCAACACGGAUCGCGGCAUUCGCCGGGAGCUUGUGGAUGCGAAGCUGGUCGCCGUGCUGGCCAUCAUGGCGGCUCACAGCAAAGACGUGCGAGAUGAGAUCUUCGACCGGGUGGAUUUCAUGAUGGAGCUCCGCUUUGCUGUGGAUGUGGCGGGCGACAGUGCCAAAGCUUAA